CACCUACAUUAGUACUGACUGAUCACCCACUAAUUUUAGGAUGGUGCUGAUCUAUGGCUUGUGAUUGUGAUUGGUCGAUAUACCCCUGCCGCGAAUCUCAUGCCUGACGUCACCCCACUCCCCAAACUUGCAUCUGCAUGUUGCGUUGCGUUGCGUUACAGCUUUUGACUUGACCCCCGAGCUGAGAUCUCUCCUCUCCCAAUGACACUUCGAACUCCUUUCAGACGACUUCCAAACCUGAAUCUUCUUGGCUCUCUUCUUACCCGGAAUCAAACCGUCCUCCUACGAACAGCUACAGCUACCUCUCGACACAACACAAGACUACUCAGCAAUACCAGAUCCCUCAACAUGUCAAACGACAACGAUUACAUGGCUUUCCUGAACAAGGCCAACCAAGACACCGGCGCUGAUGCCGCGACUCAGGAAAAGGCUACCUUCAAGACCAAGGACCAGGGCGCUCAAGUCCCCAAACCUAUCAGUGACGUGUGCAAGAACGCCGUAUACACAUCCGAUGCAGACGAGCCCUUCCAAGAGGUUUCUCUCAAGUGGGAGGGCAAAAAUGGCCUCCCCAGCGAGUCCGAGUUCGCCAAACUCAUCAACCACUCCUCCCCCGACUCAGCGGACAUCAAGAUCCUUGAUCCUCUCAACUGGGACUCUCACGGCAGAUACACCGACGUCAUCGAGGCUGUUCGAGAAGCCUCGCAGGGUAAUGAUGUUCGUGUAUAUCAAGUGACGAGAGAUGCUACGAGGACCGAGUAUUGGGUGGUUUCGCACGCCGACGGCAAGCUGAUUGGUGCCAAGGCACUCUCUGUUGAGAGCUGAGCGCGCACCGGUGGACAUGUAAUGGCAUUUUGAGCGUUUGCUACGAGAGAUUUAUGAAUCAACGUAUGAGUACGUCUGAGUCUGCUGUGUUUGUUGACUCGUGUAUGACUUCCCACGUGUAAAGACACGGAUGGAGCACAACUGUUUCAAAAGCGUGAGGAUUCGGCUGAACAAUGCGAUCCCAUGGCGUUUUCGUUGAGAGUUAGGUCUCAGCCGCCUCUAGGAUCAUAUCUCUUGUUUGUUUUCUGACACCUUUCGAUAUUUAUGGCCAUCUUGGUAGGUUCGUCUAUCACUCAUAGGAUAUAUUACUGCCAGUCCCUCUAAUAAACAAGCCUUUGGACCAGACCAUACAUCAAGCAGAUAAAAUCAACUGGCCAAGGAGCGAACCAAGUUCAUCAUAAACCACAGCCGAGGGUAUAGGUUGUCUUAAAUGUCCAUGCCGAUGCGAUUAUGCACUAUGUAGGUAUUACUGUAUAUAUGGAUGGCACCAUUGAUACAGAUUUCCAACAUUAUCCAGAAGGACAGACUGAAGUCUUAAUACACCUAAAUAGCAAGGUUACUUCCAGCCGGAGUAAUCACGUUUCAAUCAAGUUCCAGCCACUUUAAUAAUAUGAUUUACGGCUUCCUUGUUAACCACCCCGACUACAAGCGCUCGAUUGUGUUUCUAAUUACUCGUUAGGUAUCACGAUCAUUUGUUGUGAUAGAAACCACCAGUAUCUCGAUUUGCAGUUACCCUAGAUAGAACUCCCUGGUUCUGUUGACUAGGUACCUUACAUCAACGCAUCCCGUGACAGGGACCAACGAUAUUGUGUUAGGGCUACUCUGUACAUGGCAAUGGAAAAGCACGAGAUACAGAACUGAGCUAAGUGAUAAUUUCAUGUUCGUUUAAUGUAUUCAUUUCUCAUAAAUGCCCACUUUCGAACUCGGUAUCUCGUCAUUACCAAAUCCUCCUUAUAAUUACAUUGACAGAACUCCGUUUAAUCAAAUGCCCCAAGACCGCCGGUAAUGCAAAAAACCCAAUAAUCAAACAUUCGUGUCUUUCUUGUAACCUAUUCAAUCUGUACGUAGCAUAUCUGGCGGCACCGGAGAAUCCCUCUUUAGACCAGGAUUGGAACCAAGUCUACUGAGAGUAUGUUCUGGUAGCAUGAGUAUUACUUGGCUCUCCUCAU